CAUAGUUAAAAAUGGCAGCUUGCAUGUUGCUUGUGGAUUACUGUAAAGCUUAAAGACUAAUUUCACCUAACGCGCUUUUUAACAGUGGGGGAAAAACAUGUUUCACUUGCUGUGUUGUAGAACAAGCAUUACUGCGCCGGGGCGGUCAUUGUACUCCAGGUGCAACAAAACAGCAGACACAUGGAAACUGUCACGUGGGUAUAAAUCUCCAGUAUCUAAAACGUACAGCUCCACACAGCCGCCUGGAAAUGGAGUCAGUCGUAUUUGGAGCCUCACUUAUCGAGCCGUCCGCCAGUCCGCAACCCGAACAUCCAAACCCCCGGGGGUGGCUCUCAGAUUCAUCCUGGGACCAGCAGUGCUCACUGUCUCUGCACGUCUAUUUUGCCAUGUCGCCUACUGCCAGGCAGAUGAGAAUAACAACAUUCCUGUGGAUGUUGUCGCCCAAAACCCUGUGCCUGACUUCAAAUGGCAUAUCUUGUGGGAAUUUGUCAAACCUCAAAUUUUUGCUCUCAUCAGUGCUGUGGUGCUUGCUUUUGGCGCUGCUAUCUUGAAUAUUCAAAUCCCGUUGCUACUUGGGGACCUGGUGAAUGUUGUGGCACGUUUCCUGAGAGACCAAACUAGGAGUUAUGUCCAGGAGAUAAAGGGUCCUGCACUGAAACUACUUGGGCUUUAUGCAAUCCAAGGACUGCUGACGAGCGGCUACAUCAUCCUGCUUUCAAGGGUGGGGGAGAGAGUGGCAGCAGACAUGAGGAAGACCCUUUUUGCGUCCUUACUGAGGCAAGAUGUUGCUUUCUUUGAUGCCAAUAAAACUGGGCAGCUGGUGAAUCGUUUGACUGCUGAUAUUCAGGAGUUCAAGUCGUCCUUUAAAUUGGUCAUUUCUCAGGGUCUGAGGAGUAUCACCCAGACAGUUGGAUGUUUCGUCUCUCUCUAUGUCAUCUCCCCAAAACUGACAGGUUUGACUGUUGUGGUCCUUCCCUGUCUGGUCGGAGCAGGGGCUCUCCUCGGCUCAUUCCUUCGCAAACUAUCCCGUUUGGCUCAAGAACAGGUCGCAAAAGCGACAGGAGUGGCAGAUGAGGCGCUUGGCAAUGUGCGGACAGUGAAAGCCUUUGCAAUGGAGGAAAGAGAGCUCCAGUUAUACGCAUACGAAGUUGACAAAUCGUGUGAAAUGAAUGAAAAUCUUGGUGCUGGAAUAGCUGUUUUCCAAGGAAUGUCAAACAUUGCGUUAAACUGCAUCGUACUCGGAACUAUUUUUGCUGGAGGGACUUUGAUUUCGAGCAAUGAAUUGUCCCCUGGAGACCUGAUGUCUUUUCUGGUUGCUUCCCAGACUGUUCAGAGGUCAUUGGCCAGCAUCUCAAUCCUAUUUGGGCAGAUGGUGAGAGGACUAAGCUCUGGGGCUCGGGUUUUUGAAUACCUGGCUCUCAAGCCGACCAUCCCGCUCUCUGGUGGAGGACGCAUCCCGUACGACUCUCUAACAGGAAGAGUAGACUUUAUGAAUAUUUCAUUCAGUUAUCCAACAAGACCUGGCCAUCAGAUCUUAGAUAAGUUCAACUUAACACUUCCUCCGUGCAAAACUGUUGCCAUUGUUGGAGAAUCUGGAGGAGGAAAGUCAACUGUGGCAUCAUUACUGGAGCGUUUCUAUGACCCAACCAACGGUGUCAUCAUGCUGGACGGACUUGACAUCCGAACACUUGAUCUCUCCUGGCUGAGGGGACAAGUUAUUGGAUUUAUCAAUCAGGAGCCAGUUUUGUUUGGCUCAUCCAUCAUAGAGAACAUCCGCUUUGGGAUGCCUGAGGCCACAGAUGCUGAGGUCAUCACUGCAGCCAAGCAAGCCAACGCUCACGGCUUCAUUACAGCUUUCCCAGACGGAUAUAACACUGUAGUUGGUGAGCGUGGUGUGACGUUAUCCGGUGGUCAGAAGCAGCGCAUUGCCAUCGCCCGCGCCUUGAUCAAGAACCCCAGCAUCCUGGUGCUGGAUGAAGCCACCAGCGCAUUGGAUGCGGAAUCAGAGCGGGUGGUACAGGAGGCUUUGGAUAGGGCCACAAGGGGUCGCACUGUGCUCAUCAUCGCCCACCGGUUGAGCACCAUCCAGGGCGCUGACCUCAUUUGUGUCAUGAGUAAUGGCCACAUAGUGGAGGCUGGGACUCAUCUUGAACUGCUGGGCAAAGGAGGACUUUAUUCUGAUCUGAUCCGCAGACAAAGAACAGAGGGACAGAAAUGAACGCACAAAAAUGUGUUCACUUUAGAUGUACAGCGACACUUAAGAGAUUUAUUUUAAAUUAAAUUAAAUAGGAAAGACUUUGAACAGAUCAAUUAUGAUAAACAUGUAGUGUUCAUUUACAAACUCUACUUUUAUGAGAGACUUUCAGAUUGAUGUAUGUAAAUGUUUAAGUGGACCAACAAGAUCAUCCUUUGAUAAACAAACUUCACUACUGUACAGUAUUUAAGUUAAAUGGUAAUUUCUCUUACUGUUUUCUCAUUUCCUGUAAAGAAAUAAUAAAUUCAUUGUUGAACAAUAAAGUAUUAAACUUUG